UUUACUCCAAGCGCUAAUACAAACAACACGCAAAGAUAUAUAUGUAUAUAUAUAUAUACACGCACAGAUAUAUAUGUAUAAUCUGAUACCAUCCCGUCUAGAUUGAUUACUUUCUUUUAAUUUUCUCCAUCAAAAUAUUUGGAUAUCUUGUUGUCAAAAUUUGUUUAUGUCAUUAAUAGAUAUAUAAUGCUUAAAACUGUACAGAUUCUUGGUUCCUCUUAUGGGUUUGUUUCGCAGCGGUUGAAACCCCAUGGGAAUUGUGGGCUGUCUUUCAUUUCGAUCUCUACCAAACCCUCGUUCUCUUCAAGAAGACCAACAACUGCUUCUUUGCCAUCGUCCGCUGUUUCAGUUCGCAAGGGUCGUUGUUUCAGAGCAUCUAGGAUGGCUCUAACACGUUCCGAGUCAAACCCAGAAGGCAUCGCAUCAUCAUCCUCGUCGUCUCCUUCUUCUUCUGUUGCGUUUAAGUCAGCUGGCAACUCACGUAAGAUCAAUUUCUGUCAAUCAUGUGGUGGCCCAACAAAGCACGAGAUACCUGAUGGUGAGGAGAAGAUCAGGGCUAUUUGCACACUUUGUGGGAAAAUUGCCUAUGAGAACCCAAAAAUGGUUGUGGGUUGCCUCAUUGAGCAUGAUAACAAGAUCUUACUCUGCAAGCGAAAGAUUCAACCAUCUUAUGGUCUUUGGACUCUUCCUGCUGGUUACAUGGAGAUUGGCGAAUCUGCUGCAGAAGGGGCAAUCAGGGAAACAUGGGAAGAAGCAGGUGCAGAAGUGGAAGUCCUGUCACCUUUUGCUCAAUUGGAUAUCCCUCUUAUCGGCCAAACUUACAUAAUUUUCUUGGCAAAGUUGAGAAGGCACCAUUUUUCACCUGGUCCAGAAUCAUCAGAUUGUCGGCUUUUCCCUCUUGAUGAUAUUCCUCUUGAUUCUUUGGCAUUUUCGUCAAUGCUGGUUACCUUAAAAUUGUACAUUGAAGAUAUAAAGGUUGGAGGACCCAAGUUUCACUAUGGCACCAUCAAUAAAAGGCCUGGCACAAGCCCUUCUGAUAUCUCUGCCUACACUCUCGAUUAUCACUUGCAGUCCUGACAAGAUGGGGAUUCCUUCAUAUUUGUAGUGAAAAGAGAAGAAUGAAGAGUGAGAUGCAUAAUGUUCAUUAUUUAAAUUCUAUUUUUCUCUAUUUCAUCACUGUAAGGGUUCUUCUGGUGUGACACUUUGAUGUUUGAGGCCAUCAAACAAUAGUUUCAGCAGAUCCAUUACAAUAAGAUCCUUCAUAUAUUAACCAUUGAUCCCUCGCAUAAUACUGUUGAUAAUGAGAAUUGUUAACUAUGCCUGCUGAUAAUCAUAUGAUUUUUUUAUAAAAUGUAUAGAAAAUUACAUCUCUCCUCCCUCCCCAAUCCAUAAAGAAAAGAUCCUCUUGCUGCAUAUCUGUUACAUUGCUUUGCUGGUGCAGAGCCCUACUGCUGUUUGAAACUCGGAACUUGAAGGAGCCGACUGCAUGUUGGUCAAUUUCAACGACGGUUCUCCGAACCCAAUGGAGCUCACUCAGCCCUUUCUGGUUCAUCAUAAUCCGUGUAAACUCUGGAAUCCAGACCGUGGCUUAUUGAUCCAUCACUUUUUAAUCAAAUGUGGGAAAUUGGAAUGACUGAUGGUUCAGUGUCUUGGUGGAAGAUUGUAAUUAGAAUGACAUGGCAGAAAUAUGGAAAAUAAUUGUAGAUUGCCAGUUUGUAGUUUUUCCUUUUUCCACUUGGAAAUUUAUAGUAAUCCAUUUUCCCGCUUGCUUCUUA